UUAAUAAAUGACGACGAUAAAGAUUUAAAAUUUUAUUUCAAUAGUGAAAAUAAUGUUCAUAGGCAACAUAAUCAUACAUUUUUAAAAAAAUAUUUAUUUAAAUGUAAUAUUUCUUCUCCUGUUAAUGAGAAUUUAAUUAGUGGUGGUAUGGUUUUGGAUAUUGGAUGCGGACCUUCAACCUUCUUAUUAGAAGUUGCGGGACAAUAUCCGAAUAGUAAAUUCUUUGGUAUUGAUAUCGAACCUGUCUUUCCGCAAGAGAUAAAACCAAGUAAUUUGGAAUUUAAAUUAGCGGAUAUGUUUCAGGGUUUACCAUUCCCUGAUAAUACAUUCGAUUUAGUGCAUUUAGAAACAAUAUUGUUUUCUAUAACACCAGCACAAUUAGAUUUUAUUAUAAAUGAAAUGGUGCGAGUAACGAAACCAUCUGGGUAUAUUGAAUUUGUUGAAACUCACAUGACUUGUAGAAAUAAAGGCGUGGGCGAAAAUUUUGGCCUACUCUUAAGUGGAUUUGAACUGGUAGCAAAUUCAUAUGGAGCGGAUCCAGAUUUGGUACUUACAUUACCACAACUAUUAAUAAAAAAUCCAAAUAUUGAAGAUCCUAAUGUUAUUUUCAAAGAAUUAGUUUUGGGUAGAAAUGGUGGUAAAUUAGGUGUAAUAAUACAAGAUGUUUUUAAUUGGUUUAAUAAUUCAAGUGAAUCAUUUGUUAAUGAUGCUUGUAAACAAUUAAAAAUAACGAAAGAACAGUAUUUUCAAUUGGUAAAAGAUGCUUUUAAAGAAAUUGAUAGUACUUUUCCUGAAACUGACUUUAUUAGAAUAUAUGCUCAAAAAAAAUAAUUAAUUAAUUAUAAAUUUAACUUCCCCAUGUAAUGUAAUGUUUGUUGUAUUUUAUUAAUUUGGACGCG